AUGAACAGCGUACUGUCAUCACUGACGUGGGGCACGUGGGAUGACGCCGAAUGGGCACCCGCGAACACGACCGCUAUGGGAUCUGCAGCUGCUGACUCUCUCGAUCGCGUUCCUCAGUCCAUUGCGCAGCGAAGUCGACGCAGAUUGCAGAAGAAGGCGCUGCGUGCGCCCAAGAACUCGCAGCUCUGGUUUGAGGAGCUGCUCGAGCGUGUGGAAAGCACGUCCUUUGGCCGAGAGAAGGCCGUCUACCACUGCAAUCCGCUCAAGUGUUUGCACACGUCAAGGGACUCACCCAGCGAGACAGCGACGUGUAUACCCUGGGUCAACCUGCCCGACGGACUGCAUCCACGGAAUGGCAAACUGCCAGCACAGCGGGCAAGCAACAAGCAACAACAAGUGGAUAACUUGGUCGUCUUUUUGCAACACAUGCUGCGACCAGGCGAUGAGGUUGUCGAGUUCUGCGCCGGGUCCGGAUAUGUGGCGUUGCCGCUCGCUCAUCUCUACCCACAGUGCACGUUUGUUUUGCUGGACAAGAAGGAGCCUUCACUUGCUAUCGCCAAGGAGCGCAUUGCCGCUGCCCAGUUGACAAACGUGAAGACUUUCUGCGGGCUUAUCGACGAAUAUCAUGAGCACUUCGAUGUGGGCAUAGCGCUGCACGCUUGUGGUGAGGCGACUGACAUCGUGAUGGAGAAGUGUAUAGAGGAGCGAGCUGCAUACGUUCUGGCCCCGUGUUGCGUCGGUAAAAUCAAAUCGAGCAACUUGGCGUACCCUCGUUCUGCCACCCUCGCUGCCGAGCUCUCUCGCACCGAGUACGAAGUACUGGCGAAGGCUGCCGACUUUGGACAUUCGAGUAGUACUGCAGUAGCGCAGAUGGACACCAAUCGCCGACGCCGACGCUGCAAAACGCUCCUCGAAAGUGAUCGCAACAUGUGCGCCGAGGAAGCGCAGUACGAUACGUUCAUGUUCAUCAUGCACCCACCAACUGCCACCCCGAAAAACGAUGUCCUCGUUGGGGUUCCGCGUACGAUUUCGAUCAAACAAGAGCCAGCGGAAGUUGCACGUAGACCGUUCCAGCUCGCAUGUGAAGACAUGCUAUCGACGGACUCGCUAGUGUACAAAGCAAUGUUUGGCGGUUAA